UUCACAUUACUCUUCCAUAAAAAUUACCAAUUCAAAAUGUUUUUAUCGUCAAAGAAUUACUAAAAAUUGUAAUAAUUAGACGGUAAACUUAUAUGUAUAAAAAUUAAGUUGGAACGUCGUGAAGCAUGUUAAGCUCUUUUCUAAUGAAGGAAGGAAAUACGCCAACCUUGUGGUUACCCGACUUCUCCCAGAUUUGACUUUAUUGUUGUUAUUUGCUUGCAGAAGGAAUUUUUCCUGUCUUUGUCUUCAGUUUUAUUUUUGACAAUGUAGCUAUCACAAAAAGAAGGUAGUGUUUAAUGCAUGGAUUACAGGAGCAAGGACAGAUGUCAACAUCAGACGAUAACCCCUUGUUUCAAGCUGUCACAGAAGGGGACAUAACAACUUGUAGACAGCUAAUACAACAAGGAUGUGAUCUUGACAAGCCAGGAUUGAUUAGAGGCUACAACCUGAAAAUGUCCCCAUUGUCCCAGGCCAUACGAACUGAAAAUAUAGAAAUUGUGAAGUUGUUGGUGUGGGCUGGGUGUGAUAUGGAAGCAGUGGACAGUUUAGGGUCUAGCUCCCUGCAGCUAGCAAUUAACCAUGGCUCUGCUGAGAUAGUGAGGGCUUUAAUACAGGGAGGGUGCAACGUGAACCGUGGCUUGAAUGAUAUCAACUUCACACCUUUGCAUGCAGCAUGUGCUGGCAGCAAUAAGGAUGUCAUACAGGCAUUGCUGGAAGCAGGAGCUAACCCUAAUGAGAUUGAACUCGACUACAGACUCACGCCAGCCUUCUACACAUCUUCUCUGGACAUCUUCAAGCUCCUGGUCCAGUAUGGCCUGGACAUCAACUCUCGCAGUCGUUCCGGUGAAAGCACCCUCCACCACGCCAUACUCUCAGGCAACCCACAGCUGGUUGAGUUCGUGAUCGGUUGUGGCGUGGAGCUCAACCACAACCAAGUCCAGUACAAGUUCUCUGCCACCAACUACUUACAGCUGUGCACCACUCGGUCACCGUUCUAUCUAGCCCUGGAGGAGCAGAGGUACUCAUUUUGCCAGCUGCUGUUACAGCAUGGGUGCGAUACAGGGUUCGUGAUGGAAAAAGGAGACGCCUUGCUGAGGAUAUUAAAUAGCGGGCAGCUUGACCUGGUCAUGGUGUUGGUCGAGGCUGCGGGCAACUAUGACUGGACAAAGCUGGUGGACGUCGGGAUGAUUUCCUAUAUUGUUGGAAGAGAGAUUAUUGACCAGAUCCUGGAAUAUUUAACAGCUGUUUCCAGGAAUCCUUUCUCUCUGAAAUCUCUGGCAAGAUUGACUUGUAGAAGACACAUUCAGAGUCUGUCGAAGAACAAAAGCAUAUGGCCAUGUAUACAGCUUCUUCCUGUGCCAAAUAUACUCAAACGUUACCUUUGCUUAAAAAUAAUUUAAUCUGACCGCAACAAAUUAAUUGUGAACUUUUUGAAAUAUGUCUUGUCUGGAUAUUUUUAAAAAGGAAAAAGUAAAGAAAACGUAUUGGAAUAAACAUUUCAGCGCCAGUAUUUCUAACCUCAUGCUUAUUGCUCAUCAGCAGGUGCUCCAACUAGUGGGAGAUGUUGGUUUUUGGAGCCUCAGGGUAUUAUUUUGUAUUAAAGGACCUGUGAGUGAUAUACAAACUUUGAUCUAUGAGAGAUAGUAUCAAAUAGUGGCAUUGAACGACAUUUUGUUGAGUAAUUAUUAUACCUUAUUAUACCCUAUUAUGUUCAGACACAGAUGUUCAUUUUCUAAUACUCCAUGUCUAAAAAUAAAAUUUCCAUUGAUUCA